AUCCACUACAUUCUAACUCUGACAGUCUGUGACGCGGGUCACUGUGCCAGUUGCUAGCGAAGUUGAAUCGAGCGGAAUCUUUGUUUGCGCAAUUUAGAGCGCGAUGAAGUUGCUAUUGUUUCUGAGUCUGAUAGUUGUGGCUUCGUGUGCGAAUAACGUCGCCAAUGGACCGAAAGUUACCGACAAGGUAUGGUUUGAUAUCAAAAUUGGCGGAAUUCACGCAGGCAGAGUAGAAAUUGGUCUUUUUGGUAAAACUGUUCCAAAAACUGUAAAGAAUUUUGUGGAACUUGCCAAGAAGCCUGAAGGUGAGGGAUACAAAGGCAGCAAAUUCCAUAGGGUAAUCAAAGACUUCAUGAUCCAAGGUGGAGACUUUACUAAAGGAGAUGGAACUGGAGGUCGCAGUAUCUAUGGUGAUCGCUUUGCAGACGAGAACUUCAAGCUGAAGCAUUAUGGUGCCGGAUGGUUAUCCAUGGCUAAUGCUGGCAAAGAUACUAAUGGAUCUCAGUUCUUUAUCACAGUUAAACAAACACCCUGGCUUGAUGGUAGACAUGUUGUUUUUGGCAAAGUUAUCAAAGGAAUGGAUAUAGUACGCAAAAUUGAGCAAACAAAUACAGAUUCACGAGAUAAGCCACAACAAGAUGUUGUUAUUGCCAAUAGCGGUGCAGAAACUAUAGCAGAGCCAUUUAGUGUAUCUAAAGACGAUGCUACUGACUAAAUAUCAGCAUUUAUGGACAUUCUCAUUUUUGAUUUUCUUUUACACAAAGUGAUCAUUAUAACUUACAAGUACAUGGCUCUGAGAUCUUUAUUAGAUUUUCAAAAGCAGCAGUAACAAUAUAUUGUGAUACUAAUUGUUUAUAAAAGCAGCAAUAACAAGAAUUUUGAAAGCUC